GUAAUUCUAGCUCCUAAGUUCACCUAGACUCCGUCCUUAAUCCUAACACUAUGCUGCCUUCCACUCCAGUUCUGAUUCUGAGCUUUGCUCCUUUUGUUGAUCACCUUGUAUACCCUGUACGUAAUCCACCUAAACACGUCGCAAUCCCUUUUGUGCCUUUCGUGCGCCAAUGUUUUCAUCCCGUGACAGGCGCUGGCCGAAUCUGAUGCUCCUAUGGCAGGCUUGCGCCAUGCUGCAUCGGUCAACAGUCGAGUGCGAGAGGGGCUUUUCUAGGCAGAACGUUAUUAAGUCCUGGGUCCGUGGCACCCUUUGCAACGCGCGCCUCUUCGAGCUCAUGGCCAUCUCGCUUUUGCAGUAUGACAUCGACUGGAGUAAAGCCCUCAUGACCUGGCGUCUGAAGCUGAGACGCCCUGCACGAACUGUUGGCUUCGCAUCUGCGAAACGCAAGCGUAAGGGGAAGGAGCUGGAGGUUGAGGGGGAGGCGGCCGAGACGACUCGGGAAGAAAAGGGGGAGGGGGAGGUGCCAGAGUAUGAGGGGAAGGGGUGGGCUGAGGAGGACGGGGGUGGUGAUGAUGCGGAGGAUGAUGCUCCAAGGAUGGUCGGCAAUCCAUUUCUGUCUGACGACAAGGGCGCUAAUGAUGAUAUUGCAGUAGAUGCGCCAGAAUUCUAGGUGGCUCUUAGUGAGUGGUUCCUUGGUUUUUUUGUAGUAGUAGAAGUAGUUUAGGCUCAUGCCAAGAGUAGCACAAUGUUUGUUUACAUGAGGUUAGUUAAGAAU